AUUUUAGGCAUCGGCUACACCCGGUUCAGUCCUCCUUGUCUUUUACAACGACCAACAGUGUCAGUGUUUUUGUGAAAUUAUUAUAAUAAAAGUUUUUUUGGAAACAUGUCGGCAUCACCCAUUGCGAGGCAGGCGACCAACUGCCAGGCUAUUCCUUCAAGGAGGGUGCUCAUCACAGAUCCUUCGCAGAUGCCUGAUGUCUACUCCAGCACACCUGGAGGCACUGUGUAUUCCACCACCCCCGGAGGCACAAGGAUAGUAUACGAGAGGUCAUUCAUGAUGUCAUUGAGGCAGUCACCGAUCUCGCAAACCCCACCGAAGUGUGCGCUACCAGCCGCGUUACUGAAGAACCCUAACUCCGUCCCCAAUGUCAUUCAACCGACUGCGGCACAAAAGGCGCGCUCAAACUCUAUCUCAUUCGACGAGACGCAAGAAACCUUCAGCAUGGAUCUCUAAUAGCUUAAGACUUAAGUCAUUAUUAAACUUAUACUUUAUAUUGUACAAUCUUCUGAUAUUAGUAAGUUCCAAACAUUUUUCUUAAUGUCUGCGCUUACUUUUUAAUGUCUAUUUCGUACAUUGUAAGUACCAGUUUUGUUAAAUUAAGGCCAGAAAAAAGAAAUAGAAACUAUUUCGCUUUUUCUUGCCUUAAAUGUAGUAAGUUAGUUUUAGUCAGAUGCGUGACUGAACAUUAUUAUAGCGUUCAAAACGCGGUCCUUUGCCACGCCCGCCAAAAAUACAAUAAAAAAAUAAAAAAUAGCACAGAUUAUAAAAUAAAAAAAUAAAAUCAAUUCUUAAUGGAAUGGAUGCGUUCGUAAGUUGAAAUAGUAUGCGACCAAAAAUGUAUUUAUUGUUAAAAAAAAUGUGGCAAAAGAUAAAAUUGUAAAUAAUUGUUAGUUUUAUGCGUAUAACGCACAUUGUAGGUGCUUAGUAUUUUUAUAUUAAAAAGCAAGUGCCAUUAAAGGAAGUUGAUUUGUGACAAAUAAUUUGCUUCCAACUGGUGUUGCUGACAUUGUUUUGAAAUCUCAGAUUUUAAAUGCUGUCUGGGUUUGCGAUAUUAAUUUGUAUGUAAGUAAAAUCGGUCACAGAUUGCUAUAAAUCUUGUAAGUCAUUGUAGGUAUUAUUACGGUAGGAAUCUGAAAAUUUAGGAAUUUAAUUAAAAUUUCUAUUUAAAUAGGGCUUGGUUACUGAAUGUGUUGCGGGGUUUUGUGAGAUUUAGUUAUUAAUCAAUGGCCGCAAUUAUUCAGUCUGACUUGUUGACUUACAGCCAGUUUCUUCAUCAAAAGUAAAAGCCAAAGUAAAAGUCAAAGUAAUGUCUAAAGCAAAAGUAACGGUCAAAUUCAUUUUUUCUAUUAGUUUUGCUGUCACUUUAGCCUUGAAAAAACGAAUUUGACCGUUACUUUUACUUUAGACAUUACUUUGACUUUUACUUUUGAUGAAGAAACUGGCCGUUAAAAGCCCUAGUUUAAGGACUUACUUAUUGAAUUGUUGUUCCAAAGCAUUUAAUAGUCCGUAAUGGACGGCUUAGUCUACCAUCUCUCUUGUGAGGUAUACCAUGCACCUAUGGAUGCUUUCAGUAUAUUGUUGUACUAUGAUAUUACAAUUAUACGACUGCCAGUAUAUAAUAAUAAUUAUGGAAGUAAUAAAAAAAUACUAUGAAAUUA